AGUACAUGGCAAAUUCAGAGAAACUAAAAGAAAAAAAGAAAUUGAGGCCGAAAAUGUUGUAAUUAGGAAAGUCAUAAACUCCGUAAUAAAGAAAUUGUAACAAUUAAAAACACCAAAUUAGGCAAUGUACGUGUUGAAAUCGGAAUACACCAUUAUGCUAGAAAUUAAGAUCGAUUAGAUUCCCUAACUCCAGGGAAAAGUCCUCACUAACAUGUGACACCUUCAAUUCUCAAACCCACCAUAAAUUGAACCUCAAUCCCCCUUCUUCUUCUCCUCACAUUCACUUCCACCCCCUACUUUCUCUCUCUUCCCGUUCUCUCAGAUCUCUUCUUUCUCUCUCUCCUCUUUCGCCAUGGCAGGACCUUCUGUACCUGCUACCUUUCUUCUGAAAGAUGAGCUUGAUAUCGUCAUCCCUACCAUCAGAAACCUCGAUUUCCUUGAGAUGUGGAGGCCCUUUUUCCAGCCUUACCAUCUCAUCAUUGUUCAAGACGGAGAUCCUUCAAAGACCAUUAAUGUUCCUGAAGGGUUCGAUUAUGAGCUUUAUAACAGGAACGAUAUUAACCGUAUUCUUGGUCCUAAGGCUUCCUGCAUUUCUUUCAAGGAUUCUGCUUGUAGAUGCUUUGGUUACAUGGUUUCUAAGAAGAAGUAUAUCUACACCAUUGAUGAUGAUUGCUUUGUUGCCAAGGAUCCAUCUGGGAAAGACAUCAACGCACUGCAGCAACACAUCACAAACCUUCUUUGCCCAUCAACCCCACUUUUCUUCAACACCCUGUACGAUCCAUACAGGGAUGGUGCUGAUUUCGUUCGUGGAUAUCCCUUCAGCAUGCGUGAAGGUGCCAAAACUGCCGUCUCUCACGGUCUUUGGUUGAAUGUUCCUGAUUAUGAUGCUCCCACCCAGCUUGUGAAGCCUCUUGAGAGGAACACCCGGUUUGUUGAUGCCGUGAUGACCAUUCCCAAGGGAACCCUCUUCCCUAUGUGUGGCAUGAAUUUGGCUUUUGACCGUGAGCUCAUUGGACCUGCUAUGUACUUUGGACUCAUGGGUGACGGCCAGCCUAUUGGCCGUUACGACGACAUGUGGGCUGGAUGGUGUGUUAAGGUUAUAUGUGAUCACCUAGGGCUGGGAGUGAAGACUGGGCUACCUUACAUUUACCACAGCAAAGCAAGUAAUCCCUUCGUGAACCUGAAGAAGGAAUACAAGGGUAUCUUCUGGCAAGAAGAGUGCAUCCCAUUCUUCCAGAACGCGACCCUCCCAAAGGACUGCACUACUGUCCAAAACUGCUACAUUGAGCUAUCAAAGCAAGUGAAGGAGAAGCUUGGAAAGGUUGACGAGUACUUCGUCAAGCUGGCCGAUGCCAUGGUUACAUGGAUUGAGGCUUGGGAUGAGUUGAAUGGAACUCCAGCUGCUGCUGCCAAUGGCAGCGCCUAAUAAGAGCACAGCUCAAUGCGAUUCAAGGCCAUUCGUUAUCUCUUUCUAAUUCAAGCUUUUGAAUCAUCGAGGUUUGCUUGGAGGCUUAGGGAAUAUUGGUUUCAGGCAGAGAUAUAGGAUUAAUUAUUGUCAUUAUUUAUUUUUCAAAACAGGGGAGUUCAGUAGCGAGAACACCCCCUCCCUAUCCUAUUUAUGUAUGGAGUAGAGUCGCCAUUUGUUAUUCGGUUUUUGGGAUUUUAUAUGUUAGAAGUACUGUUAUUCGUUCCUGA